CCAGCAUUGUUGGAUUAGCUAAUCACUGCCUAAUAAUGUUGGCUGCCACACUGGACGAAGGCUCGUGCAUCAACUUCAGAGAAAUGGCAUUUAUUGACAACACACUUUACUUUAUACCUGAAGAUGAUGGAGACCUGAAAUCAGACAACUUUGGCAAAAGACGAUCUACAACCUGUGUAAUACGAGAUAUGAAUGACCAAGUUCUCUUGGUCAUUGGCAGAGAAAGGCAAGCUGUGUUUGAGGACAUGCCUGAUGCUGACCAACAUGCUAAUCCCCAGACCAGACUGAUAAUACAUUCGUAUACAGAUUGUCACUCAAGGGGAGAGGCUGUGACCCUCUCUGUGAAGCAUGGAAAAAUGUCUACUCUCUCCUGUAAGGACAAAGGCAUUGCCUUUAAGGAAAUGGAUCCACCUGAAUAUAUCGACGGUACUAAAAGUGAUCUCAUAUUCUUUCUGAGAAGUGUUCCAGGACACAAUAAGAUGCAAUUUGAAUCUUCAAUGCACGAAGGACACUUUCUAGCUUGUGAAAAGGAGGGUGAUUUUUUCAAACUCACAUUGAAAAAGAAGGAUAAAAAUAGAGAUAAAUCUGUAAUGUUCACUGUUACUAGCUUACCUCAGAGUUAGGUAUUAAGCAUUUUUGUGUACCAGAAAGAUGACUAGAUUACAUGAGCCUUAUGAUAAUCCAUUCUGUGUUGCCAUAGCAAAAUACCCCAGGCUGCAUAAUUUAUAAAGCAAACAGGUUCAUUU